ACAUAUAUCAUAUAUCAUAUAUCAUGUCAUACUUGGCUGUAUUGUGCAUAACAUUCCUCUUAUUAUUAAAUUUCAUACUCGGUUUAUGAUUUGAUCAGCUGUAUAACUUUUUUGAGACACAUAAUCUUUACAAAACCUAGUAAUAGUUUGCUAGUAAUAAUUACUUUAAAAUGGUUAAAUUAACUACUGAAUUAAUCCAACAAUCGAUGCAAUAUAUAAACCCUGUACGAGACAGAGAGUUGGACCUUCGAGGUUAUAAAAUACCGACAAUUGAAAAUUUAGGAGCAACUCUUGAUCAAUUCGAUACAAUUGAUUUUUCGGAUAAUGAUAUAAGAAAAUUAGAUGGAUUUCCAUUCCUAAAGAGAAUAAAAACUUUAUUUUUCAACAAUAAUAGAAUUGUAAGAAUUGCUGAAGGCUUAGAAAAUUACAUACCUAAUUUGGAAAUAUUAGUACUUACUGGAAAUAUGAUUCAAGAAUUGGGAGACUUGGAUCCUCUGAUUCCUCUUAAAAACCUUCAGCAUUUAUGUUUGUUGCAAAAUCCUGUAUCUGCUAAACCACAAUACAGACAAUAUAUAAUAUACAAAUUUCCUCAACUUCGGCUCUUGGAUUGUCGUAAAAUAAAAUUAAAAGAUAGAACAGAAGCUGUUGAAUACUUCCAAAGUAAACGAGGUAAAGAAAUGGCACGAGAAAUAGCUAAAAAGGCAAAAAUGCAAGCAGCUAUGGGCAAUUCUGAUAAAACAGUAAUGAGUGCUGCUGAAAAAAGUAAAAUUAAAAAUGCCAUCUCUAAUGCGACAUCUUUAGAUGAAGUAAGACGAUUAGGAAAACUGCUUCAAUCUGGAAGCCUUCCUAAUGAUGGAGCUCAACAGAACGGAGCCAAUGGCACUGUUGAGGCUAUGCAAGAGGAUGAUGAUUAAGUAUAAAAUAAAAUAAAAAUUUUUUCAUGAUAAUAAAAACGAUUAAAGUCACACAUACAGUAAGUACAGUGGAUCAUAAGAAUAUUUCAAAUUGCUAUUGUAUUAAAAUAAUAGUGUUUAAGCUAAUAAGAUACUUUACUACACACAAAUAUAAAGUUUUACGAUAGAAAAAAAUAAAAUUGGCUUAUUAAAUUAAAAAAAUAAAAAUUAUCUUACAUAUUUGAUGUUAAAAUAAUUAAUGUGCCACGAAGCGAUACGACUGGUAUUAAUAAAUGUUGAUAAUAUAUUCUUGUCUCUGUUCUGUCUCUUUCAGAAAUAAACUUUCAGCAUUA